CUCUUCUUCUUUCCACUCCACACAAAAGUAGAAGAAAAUGAAAAUGGGAAACUCUUUGAUCUCUCUUCUCUCUAUCUUCCACUUGUUGGUGUUUUGGGGAUCCUCAGUGAAUGCUUACUGGCCACCAUCACCUGGUUAUUGGCCAAGCUCCAAGGUUAGCUCCCUGAACUUCUACAAAGGUUUUAGGAAUCUUUGGGGUCCUCAGCAUCAAAGAAUGGACCAAAAUGCCCUCACCAUCUGGCUUGAUCGAACCUCAGUGUAUUUGGGGUUUAUUAUUAUAGGAAGUGGAUUCAAGUCGGUAAAGCCAUUUAGAUCAGGCUACUUUGGAGCAAACAUCAAACUCCAACCUGGCUACACUGCCGGAGUCAUCACAUCUCUCUAUCUAUCAAAUAAUGAGGCACAUCCAGGGUUCCAUGAUGAAGUGGACAUAGAAUUUUUGGGGACAACAUUUGGGAAGCCUUACACACUUCAGACGAAUGUUUACAUUAGAGGAAGUGGUGAUGGCAAAAUCAUUGGUCGUGAGAUGAAGUUUCACUUGUGGUUUGAUCCCACUAAAGAGUUUCACCAUUAUGCUAUUCUUUGGAGCCCUAGAGAAAUCAUAUUUUUUGUGGAUGAUAUUCCCAUAAGAAGAUACCCGAAGAAGAGUGCGUAUACAUUUCCUUUAAGACCAAUGUGGCUUUAUGGUUCCAUAUGGGACGCUUCUACUUGGGCAACUGAGAAUGGUAAAUACAAAGCUGAUUACAAAUAUCAACCUUUUACUGCCAAAUACACUAAUUUCAAGGCGAUCGGUUGCACUGCCUACUCGUCAUCACGGUGCCGUCCUGUAUCAGCUUCACCAUACCGUUCUGGCGGGCUAUCCCGUCAGCAAUACCAAGCCAUGAGAUGGGUUCAAACACAUAGUAUGGUAUACAAUUAUUGCAAAGAUUAUAAGCGUGACCAUUCUUUAACGCCAGAAUGUAGGCGUUAGGAAAUAUUGAGGAAUGUCCCAAAGUUUGAGAAUUUUGAUUACAUCAAAGAAAAUACCACAAAGAGCUUGGUAAAAUUUUGGGAUUAUUUUUUCUUUUUGUUUCAUUAUUAAUAUUAUGUGGUUGUUUGUUUCACAAAUAAAUUUUCUUAUUUGGCUUAUCAUCUUGUGUAAAGUAAAUGUAUUCAAUAUCAUAUUGUUUGUCAA